AACAACAACAAUAACAACAUCAUUAUUUUCUAUCUCCGUCAUUCAAAAGCACACACAUUUCUCUCUCUCUCUCUCUCUAGAAUUUCUCUAAUCGCCGGUUACAAAAAAUUUAAAAAAAAAAAAAAGAGUAUCCAUCCGCCUCGAUCACGGCAACAUGAGUACAGGAGGAGACCUUCUCAACAUCGAUCCUCAAGAGCUUCAAUUUCCUUUUGAAUUGAAGAAACAGAUCUCAUGUAACAUGCAGUUACUCAAUAAAACUGAUCAUUAUGUUGCUUUCAAGGUGAAAACUACCAACCCGAAAAAGUAUUGUGUUCGGCCAAACUCUGGGAUUGUCUUGCCUCGUUCUACUUGCUCUGUCACAGUUACCAUGCAAGCUCAAAAGGAGGCUCCUUCAGAUAUGCAAUGCAGGGAUAAGUUUUUGCUUCAAAGUGCAGUUGCAAGUCCUGGAGCUACAGCAAAAGAUAUUACUCCAGAGCUGUUUAACAAGGAAUCAGGUAAUCAAGUGGAGGAAUGCAAGUUAAAAGUAAAUUAUGUUGUUCCACGGCAACCACCAUCACCAGUUAGAGAAGGGUCAGAAGAGGGUUCGUCUCCAAGGGCUUCAAUAUCUGACAAUGGGACUGAAAAUUCAGUUGACGCCAACAUGGCUCCAAGAUCAUCUGCUGAAUCUCUCGACAAGUCAUCAGAGGCAAACGCUCUUAUCUCUAAGCUGUCUGAAGAGAAAAAAUCUGCCAUUCAGCAAAGUAAAAAGCUUCAGCAAGAACUGGAACUGUUGAGGCGCCAAGGCAACAAAAGCAGUGGUGGUAUUCCGCUUAUAUAUGUUCUUGUCAUCGCGUUGUUGGGCAUGCUCUUGGGAUAUAUGCUCAAAUAGUAUUAAACUACAGUGAGUUAUGCAUUAUAUCUCAUCUUUGGUUUAACCCGGCUCGAUAAAAAAGCUCAAAAUGAUGAUGCCAAGACAUAUGCCAUGUCUGAUGUAGAAGAGAUGCUCGAAAUGGGUAUUCUUAAUGAUCUCUAAUUUUGUGCUACUGAAGUGUUUAACCUUUUUCGUUCAAGGAGUUUCAGAUUUUUUCUUCUUCAGUUUGUUCUUUUAUCCAGUGAUCUGCUUGUUGUUUAGUACUUGUGGUCUAGUAUAGGAUGAGUCUUGGUUAGAGGAAAUAACUUUUUUUGGUGGAUGGUGGUAAAGCACCGAUGAGAUGUGUAUUAGUUUUUAUUUAAUGGUGAAUAAUUGUGGUGUAUAGGAUUCUGACAAUGGUUUUCAUGGUGGUGUUCUAUUAGACUAUUUGACAGUAUGUCGGUUGUAAUUUCUUGAAUGUGAUUUAGUGUGUUUCUCGUGUA